UUCAUUUAAUCAUGAAAUGAAUCGUAAAUGCCUAACUGUAUUUCUCUGUUACCUUUUUCUCCAAUCUAACACACCUUCCAUUCCUCUCUCUUUCCAGAACUUAUUCUCAGCUCCAUAACAACUCUCUCUCUUUCUCUCUCCUCUCAUUUUCUCUCUCCUCUUUCUUCGAUCUCCAAACCCUGAAAAUCAACUACUUUCAUCAAUGGCAGCAGUUGAAGAAGCUUUCAUGGAGGCGGUAGAAGAAGGAUUGAAGCUCUCAAAGAGAUUAUACUUCGGCAAAGAUAGGUCAGUAGCACCGCCAAAACCUCCGCCAUCGAUGUCGAAGAAUCCGAGUUUUUACCUUCCAACAGCUCCAAUGGUUUACGCCGUAAUCACCGACCCCGGAAUCGUCGAUAAUCCUGAUAUUCCGAGCUACCAGCCGUAUGUCUAUGGUAGAUGUGAUCCUCCGGCGUUGAUUCCGCUUCAGAUGAAUAGUGUUUCAAUGGAGGUUGAUUGUUAUUUGGAUACGGUUUUUGUUAGGGUUUCUGGUCAAUGGCGAGUUCAUUGUGUUAUGGGAAGUAAGGUCUGUGAUUGCCGUCUUGCUGUUCCUAUGGGUGAGCAGGGUUCAAUUCUAGGUGUUGAGAUUGAUGUUCCUAAAAAGUCUUAUCGUACUCAACUAGUUUCCAGGGAAGACGAAAAGGAUGAGGAGGCAUCAGGUGGGGAUGAUGGAGGAUUUUUGAGGCCUGACAUAUUUUUCUUAACAAUUCCCCAGGUUGAUGGUGGAUCCAACCUUAAUAUCACAAUAAGCUGGUCGCAAAAGUUGUUGUAUCAUGAUGGUGAAUUCUCUCUGAGCGUACCAUUCUGCUUUCCCGAGUAUGUGAAUCCUGCAAGCAAAAAGAUACCUAGAAAAGAGAAGAUGCAACUAAAUGUCCAUCCAGGUGAUGGAAGUGAAGUCUUGUGUAAGACUAUUAGUCACCCUUUAAAGGAACGAAAACGACAAGUGGACUCUCUGUCAUUCAAGUAUGAGUCAGAUGUUCUCUCAUGGUCAAAUACAGAUUUUAGCUUCUCAUACAGCGUUCCUACAAGCCGUAUAUCUGGAAGUGUGCUUUUGCAGUCACCAUCAAUUGAAGAUACAGAUCAAAGAGAGAUGUUCUGCGUGCAUCUUCUUCCAGGAAUCCAGCAAGGAAAAAAGGUUUUUGCCAGAAAUAUCAUUUAUGUUGUUGAUAUAAGUAGUAGCAUGCAAGGGAGGCCACUUGAGGCUACCAAAAAAUCAUUGGGUGCAGCACUCUCUGAGCUUACUCCUGAAGAUAUGUUCAACAUAAUAGCUUUUAAUGCAACGACCUUUCCGUUUUCAUCAUCUAUAAAGCAUGCUAACCUGGAGACCAUUGAAAGAGCCAUACAGUGGAUGGAUGACACUCUACUGGUCGGGGAUGGCACCGAGAUCUCUCUUGCUCUUGACAAGGCGAUGGAGAUGUUAUCAGAUACGCAGAAAUCCUUACCUAUGAUUUUUCUGAUUACUGAUGGGUCUGUUGAAGAUGAGAGACGUAUAUGCAAGGUUGCAAAGAGUCGUCUCUCCAAUACAAAAGCCAUAUCUCCACGCAUACAUACCUUUGGAAUUGGUAUAUAUUGUAAUCAUUACUUUUUGAGAAUGUUGGCAAUGAUUGGGCAAGGUCAUUAUGAAGCUGCCUAUAACGCAGAUUCGAUAGAGUCUCGUUUGCAGAAAUUAAUUACUACAGCCUCAUCUACUGUGUUCACAAACAUAACUUUCGACACAUUAGAUGAACAUGAUAAUGCCGAGGUGCACCCAAUCAAUGUUCCAGAUCUUUCAUCACAAAGCCCAUUGACAAUAUCAGGAAGAUACAGUGGGAAGUUUCCUGAAGUUUUCAAAGCAAGAGGCAUUAUUGCUGACAUGACAUGCUAUGAGCUAAAUCUGAAGGUUUACAAGUCAAAGGCAAUCCCUCUUGAUAAAAUAUUGGCCUUGCAGCAAAUUACCAUGUGCACAUCUGAAGCAUGGUUUUUGGAGGAUAAGCAACUUGAGACAAAGGUUGCAAAACUGAGCAAUCAAAAUGGCAUUGUCUCAGAAUAUACAUCCAUGGCCAUAUUCAUGACUGAGACCCUGAAUAAAGAGGUAGAAGUAAUUGCAAAGCAGAAGAAAACACCAAACAAAGGUGAAGCAGAGAAGACAGACCCUAAGCCCAAGAAACUAAAAGUGUUGAGAAAUAUUGGCAUUGGGUUCGGAAAUAAGAAGGCAACCGCUGAAAAUAUCCCUCCAGGUUUUAAAGAACCAAAAAUGCCAGAACCAGCUGAAGUGUUCGCAAGGGCAGCCUCAGAUUGCUGCACAACGAUGUGUGGAUACUGCUGUUGUAUGUGCUGUGUACAGGCAUGUUCAAAGGUCAAUAACCAAUGUGCGAUUGUUUUCACCCAGCUUUUCACAUCCCUCGCUUGUUUCGGCUGCAUUGCAUGCUGUUCAGAAAUAUGCUGCUCAGGAAACAAUAACUAAAUGUUACAGACCGUACAGUACAUGGUAAUCUCACUUCAAUUAUGUCUAUACUUUUUAGGGAAUUGUGUUAUAGGUUAGUUUCUUACUGUAAAUUACCUUUUCUAUUUUAGUUAUUUGAGAUUUUGUGAGUAAAUAAAUUCACUUAUAUGAGAAUAGCUGAGUUAUUCAAUUUAUGCAACUUUCAUUAGCAAAAACAUUGUAUACAGCAGAAGUGCUAUCUAUUAUUGAUGAUCUAUAGAAAUAUUCCAAAUUCAAAUUUUGAUAA